AUGGAGGACGCCGACGUCGUCGAGAUUUCCCCGCUCUCCCUCCCGCCUUCCCACUUCACCAGGAAGAGAAAACAGAAACAGGCUGUACUCCCUGAAAUCAUUGAUGUAGACGAGCACGAUUUUCUCAGUGAUGUGGUCAUCCUUAAUGAGAACGUUCGCAGAAAGGACAAAGGCAAAGCUAUCAAGGAUCAGAAAGCUGUCAAUCUUAUGAAAUGCGAGGAUGUAAUCACCCUAGAUACAAGCCUGUGGAAUAGUCAUGGAAAGGAAGACACCUUUUUUAAUCCCAACGAUGUCACGUUGUUCGAUGAUCUUGUACCUCCACAAUCACAUAACUACAAUGCAAGUCUCCACACUGGAGUUGAGGUGCCUGUUUCAUCACUAAUGGGUCAUGUCUCCAAUACGGGAACACUACCUAAUGGAGGUGGUGUUUUUUCCACAUCAUAUGAAAGCCAACUGAAUACCAUGAAUUCUCAGUGGUCAAAUUUUAGCCAAGUUGGCAAUAAAUUCUUCCAACCUAGCCAGGUCAACAAACAGACUUUUCCAAUGAGUAGUGCAGGCCUUGAGAAGCAGGUCGUCUCUGAAAAUGUUUCUUCUAUGAUGUAUGUACCUCCUCAUUUGUGGAAGUCUGCACUAACUACCCCUAAUAUGAAGACAUGGACUCCUCAGCAUGGAGGGAUCACCCUAAACGAUUCAAAUUUUCAAGUUCCUGGUGGUAUAUGGCAUGGACACAUUCCUCCGAUAAGACAAGAUCCAUUGUCUUGGAGCCAUACUUCAACUGCAAGCAAAACAGCUGGUAGUAAGGGAUCCGUGAUUCCAAGUUCUGCACAAGAGCAACCUGGAGCUCCAAAUGCUGUGAUUGAUGAAAUUUUAAGCAAAUUGAAGCUCUUCAAGCAUUUCGAUAUCGUUGAAGACUAUUCAGACCAUCACUACAAGUCUUCUUCAUCGAAACAGACGGAGAAGAAGCGGGUCAAACGAAUUCAAGACGAAUGGAAAAUUCUGGAGAAAGAUUUGCCAGAUACCAUAUAUGUGAGGGCCUACGAGUCAAGGAUGGACCUAUUGAGGGCUGUAAUUAUUGGUGCAGACGGAACUCCUUACCAUGAUGGUCUGUUUUUCUUUGAUAUCUUCUUCCCUAAGGGCUAUCCAAGUGUUCCGCCGAAAGUCCACUACCAUUCUGGUGGUCUUCGAUUAAACCCAAACUUGUAUGCCUGUGGAAAGGUUUGCCUCAGCCUUCUUGGAACAUGGACUGGUAGCAAGAAAGAGAACUGGCAGCCUAGGCUUUCAAAUGUGAUGCAGGUUCUGCUUUCUAUACAAGCAUUAAUAUUGAAUCAAAACCCCUACUUUAAUGAACCUGGUUAUGAAAGGUCAAAGGGCAGCGCUCAAGGUGAAAUCCAGUCCCUUCAGUACAAUGAGAAUACAUUGCUUUUGUCGCUCAAGACAAUGGUUUAUUCAAUGAGGAAGCUGCCCAAACAUUUCGAGGAUUUAGUGAAGGGCCAUUUCCACAGCCGGGCCAAGGACAUCAUGGUGGCAUGCAAAGCAUACAUGUCUGGUGCUCAAGUCGGUUGUCUGGUGAAAGGCGGAAUCCAGGAUCUCGAAGAAGGAGACAAGAGCUGUUCGCAGACGUUUAAGAACUCCUUACCUGAACAUGUGGACAUGCUCAAGAAAGCGUUUGCCGAUCUUGGAGUGAAAAACCUAUGA